AUGGUUUUUGCAGUGGUUGUUGCUCCAAUUGAUACAUCAACGCCAGAAGUAGCAGUUGACACAGCCCCUGAAUUUCAAGUCGCUGUGACCCCAAUGGAUCACGUCCUUACCUUGUUGGCAGCCAACAAUGUGUCGAUGCAAUCCUUGCAAGAAAAUGCAAAAGGAGUGACUGAUGCAAUAACUUAUUUGAAGAAUGAUCUGGAUUUGUCCAACAAGACAAAUGAAUUUUUGAAGAACUCAGUCCUUCAGCUAAUGACUGAAAAUGCCGAAAUAAAAAAGUCAAUGACCAGCCAAAAUUCCGUGAUGCCUUCUGCUGUACCAGCAGAUUCUUCUUCUUCUAUGGAUGAUGAUCUUGACCUUGGAGUGAAACAUCAUCCCUUGAUUUCUCAACUUAUCAAUAGAUACAUCAAGAAACCGAACUUUGUUAGCACAGACCUGCUCAAAGUUGCUGAGAAUAAUAAUAGAUCAGCAUGGUCAAUGACUGGCACGUAUGGCAAUAAGUAUAACAAGACACUUGCACUGGCUCUCUUCAAGUACCUGAGACCUUAA